AAAUUCCCAGGUAUGCCUCAUGCCGUGCUUACAGUAGUUUUAUAUCUCCAACUAAAAUUGUAUGUGGAAAGGUUAUACAUUUGUGUAAAAUUAUAAAAUUGUUCUGCUGUUGUUGGCUGAUUGAAAAAUUUGAAGUUUCAAUUCAAUUUUGUAUGUUGUUCGCGCGGGAUCAACUCUCUCAGUGUAAGCAGCACAUUUUUUUUUCUUGGUAAAUUUUUGUUUUGGAGUGAAAAAAAAAGUUUUUUUUUUUUUUAAAUUAAAUAAAACGACAAAUUUGAAUCAAAUACGUAAAAAUUUCCAUGCAAACCACCACAGUCUGAAAUUGGUGUCGCUAUCGAGAAGAUCCAUCCGCAAACCGCAUAUUCAUAAUUUUUUUGCGAUUUUUUUGUUGUUGUCUUUUUUUACGUUUUGUUUUGUAAAUUUCUACUUUUUUGGUGUGUUAACAGAAAAAAAAGUGUGAAUUACUUUGUAUGUGAAACAAUGUUACCAAAUAUUUUAGAUUAACGAAGGAAAAAAAAAACCAGUCAAUUCAGAAACUGGAUAAUUUAAAUUUAUUAUUCUCCGUAUUUUCGUUGAUUAUAAUGCGAUUUGUUCAGUGUUAAGCAAAAGGAGUAAAAAAAAAACGAAGUUCAACCUCUCGUCGAGUGAUAAAUAUAAAUAAUUUUUGUGAUUUUCGUUUAAAUAAUUUAAGGAAAUAAAAAUGGUUUUACUAACGGUACCGAAGCAGAUACUGAGUGUCAAUGAAAAAAUUCCCACUCGCUUCAAUGUCGGAGUCAUGAUAUUUAUGGCCUGUUUCAUAUCGUAUAUGUUAAGAGUGAACAUAUCCAUCAAUAUUUUGGCUAUGGUCGAGCCGACAAAUUUACAUGAAAACAAAACUUUAGCUGCACUUCCAGAUUACGGUCCACGAUUCAAUUGGACAUCGACGGAACAAAGUUAUUUGUUGGGCGCAUUUUUCUGGGGCUACCUUGUGACAACAUUACCCGGUGGUACAUUAUCCGAAUGGCUUGGCGGUAAAAAUGUCACCACAUAUUCGAUGGCACUGAGUGCAAUUCUCACUGCCAUUGUACCAAUGUUGGCUAGCUUCUCUGUGUGGCUAAUUUUUAUCGUUCGACUACUGACUGGAGUGGCUGGGGGAGUUCUCUAUCCAGCGAUGCACAAUCUGAUUUCAAAAUGGGCCCCACCAAACGAGAAAGGUAAAUUUGUAGCCACAUUGCUCGGCGGAACGUUCGGAACGGUGAUAACAUGGCCGAUGGCCGGAUAUCUGACUGAAACGUUUGGAUGGAUUUAUGCAUUUUACGUUCCGGCAGCUAUAACAGCAGUCGUAACACUAGUUUGGUAUGCAUUGGUAUCGGAUAGUCCAAGCGAUCAUCCCAGAAUCAGAAAGGAAGAAAAGGAGUACAUCCAAGCAGCAAUGGGAGAUAGUAUUUCCAAUAAGAAGUCUCUUCCACCAUUCUUAAGUCUAGUCACAUCGUUACCAUUUCUUGCUUUAAACGCUCUACAUUACGGUAAUAUGUGGGGAAUGUUCUUUUUGCUUACAGCGGCCCCGAAAUUCAUGAGCGAGGUUCUCGGAUUUAAAUUGUCACAUGCUGGCAUUCUGGCCAGUUUGCCGUACUUGGCUCGAUUUAUUUCUGGAUUUGUUUUUGGUUCCAUUGGUGAUUCGGCUAGGAAAAAUGGAUGGAUGAGUGUGACAGCGAUUCGGAAAUUCUUUUGCAUAUUCUCUCACAUAAUACCGGGACUGUUACUCAUUGGACUGACCUACGUUGGUAGUAAUCCGUACGUAUGCGUUGGAAUGAUCACACUUUCACUCGGUUUCAACGGAGCGUCAACGGUGACCAAUCUACAAAAUGCACAGGAUCUUGCACCGAAUUAUGCCGGUACAAUUUACGGAAUCAUCAAUUUUUGUGGUACAACAACAGGUUUCAUAACGCCAUUAGUUGUGGGCUACUUUACACAAGAUCGGAACACCAUCGAUGAGUGGAGCAUAAUCUUUACGAUCGGCGCAGUUGUGUACAUUAUACCAGCGUUGAUUUUCAUAUUUUUCGGAAGCGGUAAAAUUCAGCCAUGGAAUGAUCAUCCACGGAAAACGGUCAAUGAAACUGCAGAAGUGAUCGCACCGAAAGCAGAUUAAACGUGAUUUCGUGCUAUAAUCUCUUAAUUUUAUGAAGAGUAAAUUUUCGUGGCAUUCUUUUUAGCAUUUAAGUCAAUUCUAUUGUCGUUAGACUACACAUUUUUACGUAAUUGCUAAUUUUGUGCAUCAAAACCUUUUAUCAAUCUACCUUCUCUAUGUUUUAAUUAAAAGCAGACGUACAAUUUACGGAACGCGUAUGCACACAAUUAUAGAACGACUUCUAUCCAAAAGUGAUAAAACAAAUUUUAAUUUUAUUUUGUUAAGUUAACUAAUUAAGCUGAAACACAAAUGUAUUAUACAAACAAAUAAAUGAAUUCUUUAUCCAUUA